ACCGGUAGUCAAGGCCUGAUGAACUCCCGUGAAAGCCUUGGCGCGGAUCGAAAACUUCCUCUCUUCUUGGAAUCGGCCAGUCUUCUCUGCUCCUGGAUUACCCAAAUUUCUAGGGAUGCCUAGUGGGAGUGUUUCUGCCUACACUUAAUCAGAGAGCGAGAGAGAGAGGGGGUUCUCUUUCCUUUCUGCCGGGGCUUCCUUUGUUCCCUUGCCCUUGUGGGGAGACUCCGUAGAGGCCAAAGAUUGAGAAGAAAAUCUACUGUUCCUCUCCAUGUCAUUGGGCUACGCGGAGAGGCUCUCCUAUAGGGAGGAUGUUGGCAAAGUCGGAAUGGCUGAGGUCUUCGACCCGCCAGACGUCAUGCAAAAGAAGAUUCAAGAACUUGCCGUGUUGAUACAACAGAGCAAGCAUUUGGUUGCAUUUACAGGUGCAGGUAUAUCAACUUCCAGUGGCAUACCUGACUUUCGGGGUCCUACAGGAAUUUGGACUCUUCAGCGAGCAGGAAAAGAUUUGCCAGAAGCAUCACUACCAUUUCAUCGUGCAAUGCCGAGUUUAACUCAUAUGGCACUAGUUCAGUUGGAGAAAGCUGGUAUUUUGAAGUUUCUUAUUAGUCAGAAUGUUGAUAAUCUUCACCUUCGAUCUGGCAUUCCAAGGGAAAAACUGGCUGAGUUGCAUGGAAAUUGCUUCAGAGAGCUUUGCCCCAAGUGUGGUGCCGAAUAUAUUCGUGACUUUGAGGUGGAAACAAUUGGAAUGAAAGAGACUUCUCGGCGCUGUUCUGUUCCAAAAUGUGGAGGGAAACUAAAGGAUACUGUUCUUGACUGGGAGGAUGCUUUGCCUCCGGCUGAAAUGAUUCCUGCAACAAAACACUGUAAGAUGGCUGACAUGGUUUUGUGCCUGGGAACCAGUUUGCAGAUUACCCCUGCUUGCAACUUGCCUCUAAAAUGCCUUCGCAGUGGUGGAAAGAUUAUUAUUGUAAACCUUCAGCCAACUCCAAAGGAUAAGAAAGCAGUUUUGGUGAUACAUGCAGAGGUUGAUAAGAUUAUUGCAGGUGUUAUGUCCUUUCUUAAUUUAUGGAUCCCACCAUAUAUUCGAGUAGAUCUUGUUCAGCUUACUCUGUCUCACUCGCCCAAACGGGGUAAAUUUGUUAAGUGGACUCUGAGGAUUUCAAGCAUAGAUGGACAAAAGGCUCCACUGCCUUUCCUGAAAUCGGUUGAGAUAUGCUUCCCAGAAAGGCUGGACAUGAAAAAGGCACUUCUGAGCAAUCAGCCAUUCUCUUUAACAAGAGAAACUAUUAGGUCAAGAGCCUUUAAAAUGGUAAUGCAGCUCAAUUUUGUGGAAGGGUGUGGAUGUUCAUAUAUUAUGAUGGAAAAGACAGUAAAUUUUCUGGAGUCCCCUCAAGGUUUCAGUAAUGACAAGAAUUCUGUCCUCCAACAACUAAAAGAUGCAGCAUUUGUGGAUUCGCAAUGUGGUCAGCAUGCUAUGGUAGAAAGAAAAUUUUCUUCAAAGCCCAAUGCUGAAAUGACUAUGCAUGCCAUUGUUACAAGCAACUUGAGACACAAUGAAGGACAGAUGGUCGAGCAACCAGAAAGAAUGCUCCUCUUCAGGCAAAGUGCACCAAAAGCUCUUAAAGAAAACGUCUCUGAAAUCAGCAGCAUGGGAUUUGAGAUGAAUAAUCAGCCAGUAUUCCUCAAGGAAGCUGCUGUGACUGAAGACAACAGCAUAUUGAGUUUCAUGACAGAUGAUGUGCCAACGAUUCUUACAGAAGCUUUCAUAGGAACUGGCAAUAGAGACCAUUUGAGGUAUAAUGAACCAAUGAUCCUGGGUGCAUCUGAAGUUACUAACAGCAACUUGAAAAUGAUGGAGAUGAAUGGGGCUGUAUUUGCUUACAAUAGCGCUUCAAAGCGGCCAAAGUUGGAAUGAAUUUUGUACAAUUUUCCUUCAUAUUUUCUUUUUCUUUUCUACAUCUUCCAUGUCACGUUAGGUCAAGCCUUCCGUUGGUAGCUAGAUCUUUUUGACCGACUAUACUUAUUAAUAUGCUUGGCUGCUCAAAAAUGUAUAUAGCUGUACUAAGUUGUUCAAACAACACUGUAACCGAGGGAAUUGUGCUUUUUGUAUUCUGAAAAGUUGGAUAUUCCGAUAGGCUAGAACUUAACUGCUUGUAAAUGUACUUAGAAAGAAGUUCGAUCAAAGCUUUCUGAAACUGAAGCUUCUUUCU